GUUAUGGACAUGUUUUUUGCACAUGUUGAAGUGGAAAAGAAAAAAGCGAGUGCACUUUCAUGGAUUUAUGCUUGAUGUACAUGAAAGAAUACAUCGUCUUAAGAAAAGUUUACCAAAAAGGAAAGCAGGAUUCAUGGCCAACACCUAUGACCCUAUUGCCCCUAUAGCUGAGGAAAUAAGUGAAGAAGCCUGUUUGUUGUGUUUUGAUGAAUUCCAGGUGACUGAUAUAGCAGAUGCAAUGAUACUAAAACAAUUAUUUGAAAACCUGUUUCAAAAUGGAGUUGUUGUUGUAGCGACAUCUAACAGACCACCUGAAGAUCUCUAUAAAAAUGGACUUCAGAGGACUAACUUUGUUCCAUUCAUUGCUGUUCUAAAGACAUUCUGCAACAGUGUUCAGCUGGACUCUGGUAUAGACUAUCGGAAACGGGUACUGUCUGCA